AUGGUUUGGCAAGACAUGAUGGGCCUCGCCGCCCGCGCGGUCUUUGCCCGCGAAAUCGACCACUCUACCCCAGACAUUGACGACCCUUGGCCAGCUAAGGAUAUUGCCUACGUUGCCAUCAUCGGUGGUCUCAUGUUGGCUGCCCUGCUUGAGUGGUUCCUCUGGGUCGCUGCUUUCCUGUACUGCAUUGUCAAGGUCUUCCAGAAGGCCGAGACGAUCAGUGUCCGCAUUCUGUCCAUCUUCUUCGGUAUCCUCUUCUUCGCUCUCCGUGCCAUCUUCUUGCCUAUCAUGGUCGUAACCCUCCCCCUCCCGUCGCAAGUUACCAAGUACUUCCCCCAGGAGAUGGUUGGCUUCCUCCAGUGGUUCGCCUUCUGGUCGUUUGCCGGUCUCUUGACCGUCCCGUGGUUGUUCUGUGUCUACCAGCUCGUCACCCACUCCGUUGGCCGCAGCCGCAGGAUUAAAUCCGUCCUCGACGAGGCAUCCGCCCCCAAGGUCGUCAUCAUCAUGCCCUGCUACAAGGAGAUUCCCGAGAUUCUUCUCCGAACUUGCGACUCCCUGGUCGACUGCGAAUACCCGCCCUCCUGCCUGCACAUCUUCCUCUCCUUUGACGGAGACCAGGAGGACGAGCUCUACCUCAACACCAUUGAGAAACUCGGUGUCCCGCUCACGCUCGACACCUACCCCAAGUCCAUCGAUGUCAUCUACCGUAGCUGCCGCAUUACCAUCUCCCGCUUCCCCCACGGUGGUAAGCGUCACUGCCAGAAGAGGACCUUCAAGCUCAUCGACAAGAUCUACUCCGAGUACCUCAAGCGCAACGAUAACCUCUUCGUCCUCUUCAUCGACUCCGACUGCAUUCUCGACAAGACCUGCAUUCAGAACUUCAUGUACGAGAUGGAACUCAAGCCCGGCAGCAAGAAGAACAUGUUGGCUCAGACUGGUGUCAUUACCUCCACAACCGAGAAGAACUCGCUCAUCACCCUUCUUCAGGACAUGGAAUACGUUCACGGUCAACUCUUCGAGCGUUCAGUCGAAUCCGGCUGCGGUGCCGUCACUUGCUUGCCCGGUGCCCUUACUAUGCUUCGAUUCUCCGCUUUCCGCAGGAUGGCCAAGUACUACUUCGCUGACAAGGCCGAGCAAUGCGACGACCUCUUCGACUACGGCAAGUGCCAUCUUGGUGAGGACCGUUGGCUCACUCACUUGUUCAUGAUUGGCGCCAAGGAACGUUACCAGAUCCAGAUGAACACCGGAGCAUUCUGCAAGACCGAAGCUGUGCAAACCUACCAAUCUCUGCUCAAGCAACGUCGCCGCUGGUUCUUGGGUUUUAUCACCAACGAAGUUUGCAUGUUGACUGAUAUCCGUCUCUGGAAGCGCUACCCGAUCCUCCUCAUCGUCCGCUUCAUGCAGAACACCAUCCGAACCACCGCCCUCCUUUUCUUCAUCCUGUGUAUCUCUUUGAUCACUACCUCGCAAAAGGUUGCCAACCUUCCCGUUGGUUUCAUCGCCAUCUCUCUGGGGCUUAACUGGCUUCUCAUGUUGUACUUUGGCGCCAAGCUCGGUCGCUACAAGAUCAUGCUGUACCCCCUCAUGUUCAUCGUCAACCCCUUCUUCAACUGGGUCUACAUGGUUUACGGGAUCUUCACUGCCGGUCAGCGUACAUGGGGUGGACCUCGUGCCGAUGCUGGUAGCGCCGACACCAAGACCACUCCCCAGGAGGCUAUCGAGGCCGCCGAGGCUACUGGUGACGAUCUGAACGUUGUUCCCGAGACUUUUAAGGCUGCUGCCGAGGCGCAGAAGCACCGCCCAGCCGCUAUUCCCCUCCAGCCCGGCGACAACAUCGACGGACGCUUCGCCGCCGCAGAACGCCUGCCCAACGGAUGGUACCAGCAAGGCAACGACUCUGGUCUUACGCUUCCCAACACAAUGCCCCGCAACCCCAACGUCCCUCACGUACCUCUCCACCCCCGUUCUUCCAUGGACUCCUUCGCUUCGCAAGAGACCUCCGCCGCCAACUCCAUCUACAUGCCCCGUCGUGUCGAGAGUUUCAUGGAUCCCGAGGAUGCGCGUAUCUACCACAAGACCCAGCAAACACAAAAGCCUGCCGGAGGAGCCUUCUACGAAGAGCCACGAGGAGGACCCUACGAGGUCGGCCAGGGUGCUAGCAAGGGCAUGUACAGCGAAUCUGUUGACUCCAUCGACGACGACUCGGUAUACCAGUCCAAGGGUCCGCAACGACCUGCUCAGAUGCGUACCAACAGCGACCUUGCCCACGCCCCAGCCCGCACAUCGCCGCUGUCUAACGAGCAGAAGGGCCAUGGUCUCGAGUCGCCUAAGCCUUCCUACAGCAGGACCAACAGCUCAGACCAGCGCCAGGGACGCAGCCCUCUUGCUCAGCAAUACGUUCACACCGCACCUGGUGAGGAUUAUGAGCUACAGGCCCCACAGCAAAGCAGCCUGAUGCGCGAUGUAUCACCUGCGCCGCUAGGUCAACCCACGAUGCCCGCAUCAAACCACGGACGCAGCGACUCAAGCGACUCCAAGAAGCGGAAGCGCCUCAGCAAGCAGCCCCGCAAGUAA